UUUUUUUGGUAGGAAUUGGCUCUUCAGCAAGCUUCUUCUUCAUCACUCUAAAGGAAACCUUCAAACAUGGCAUGGAAAUUUCUCUGCACCUCUUUUCUUUUGUGGGUUAUUGCGUGCUCCGUGUUUCCUGUUUCUUCUGAAAAACUACUCAGAGUUGGACUGAAGAAGAGUCCCUUGGAUUUCAACAGCAUUAAAGCAGCGAAGUUGGGUCAUAGUAUUAAUAACAAGCUGGGAGACUCUGAUGCAGACAUUGUCUCCUUGAAGAACUACUUGGAUGCACAGUAUUAUGGAGAGAUCAGCAUUGGUUCUCCUCCGCAGAAUUUCACUGUUAUAUUUGACACUGGCAGUUCUAAUCUCUGGGUUCCAUCAUCUAAGUGCUACUUUUCUAUUGCUUGCUUUCUUCAUCCCAAGUACAAGUCAAGCAAGUCAACUACAUAUACAAAGAUAGGUUCAGGAACAUCCUGUUCAAUCACAUAUGGAUCUGGAUCUAUUUCUGGAUAUCUCAGCCAGGACAAUGUUGAAGUUGGUGGUAUUGUAGUAAAAGAUCAGGUCUUUAUUGAGACUACAAGGGAACCUAGCCUUACAUUUGUAUUGGCCAAAUUUGAUGGGAUUCUUGGGCUUGGGUUCCAGGAAAUUUCUGUUGAAGAUGUUGUUCCUGUCUGGUACAACAUGGUAGACCAAGGUCUUGUAAGUGAGCCAGUAUUUUCUUUCUGGCUUAACCGUGAAGCAAAUGCACAGGAUGGAGGCGAACUUGUUUUUGGCGGUGUUGAUCCUAAACACUUCAAGGGGAAACACACCUAUGUUCCUGUCACUGAGAAGGGUUACUGGCAGUUUGAAUUGGGAGAUUUUCUCAUCGGAAACAGCUCAACAGGCUUUUGUGAAGGUGGUUGUGCUGCUAUUGUGGAUUCUGGCACAUCUCUGCUUGCUGGUCCAACUACCAUAGUGACAGAAAUCAACCAUGCCAUUGGGGCAGAGGGAGUAGUGAGCACAGAAUGCAAAGAGAUUGUUUCUCAGUACGGAGAAAUGAUAUGGGAUCUGCUAGUCUCUGGGGUGAAACCCAGUGAAGUAUGUUCACAAGCCGGAUUAUGUUUAUUUAGCAGAGCUGCAAGUUCUAAUAUCCAAAUGGUAGUUGAAAAGGAAAGUGAGGAAAAAUCCUCCAACGACCCGUUGUGCACAGCCUGUGAGAUGGCUGUAGUUUGGAUGCAGAACCAGCUAAAGGAAAAGGUGGUGAAGGAGAAAGUGUUUGAAUAUGUGAAUCAGCUUUGUGAGAAAAUACCUAGUCCAAUGGGGGAAUCAACAAUUGAUUGUAACAGCGUAUCAAGCAUGCCAAAUGUUACAUUUAAAAUUGCAGACAAAGACUUUGUCCUCACCCCUGAGCAGUAUAUUCUUAAAACUGGAGAAGGGGUGGCUACCAUUUGUGUCAGUGGAUUUCUUGCAUUGGAUGUGCCACCACCCCGUGGUCCUCUGUGGAUUCUUGGUGAUGUAUUCAUGGGAGUGUAUCACACGGUCUUCGACUAUGGCAAUCUGCAGCUAGGUUUUGCAGAAGCUGCAUGAUUCCUUCUCUGUAUUUAUCCCAAAAUUGGUAUAUAAGGCUUUUUAUGUGUACAACGACUAGCAUGAAAACUGGGGAACUUGAAACACUUUUAUUUGUACUGCUACUUGAAGGUAAUUGCUCAAGUAUUGUGCUGUAAUUCUGUAAACUGCUUCCUCUUUUGGAGUGGGCAUUAUUUAUGGUUUUUAUUUGGCAGGAUACUUACCUUGGACAAUUUACGACCUUUCCUUGUUUCCUUGUUACUACUAAAUUCAGUGACUGAUCUUGCGAUCAAACCUUGG